AUGCCUUGUCGACCCUCUUGGCAGGCCUUCGACGAUCUGUUGCCAGAGUCGAGUUCCAGGGGUUCCAGCGGUAAUGGUGCGGCCAAGAAUGCUCGCAGGGUGCAGCGUCGGGACACCGCCGAGGAUGACUCCAGCAUGUCCAUGGCAGGACACCCGGAGGGUCCUUACGGUGAUGGCAGCCACACCUUUGGCCGGUACAACAACUUUGCGAACGCGGCGCACAUGCUUUGCAGGCUUGUCCGGCGAACCUCAGGCAAUCCGCACGCCAUUGAUUGGCAAAUGAAUCUUCGCGGCGGUGUCGGGCGCAAGCCGGAGGACGGCUGGCGAAGGUACUUCAGCCGGAAGCAGGCAAGCUUCGAUGCGAUACAAAGGAUCUGCAAUCCCAACGACGAGGCGUACCAGUCGCAACUCGGAACGCCCGCCGACAACACCUUUGACCGUCACAAAGGCGCGAUCAAAUGUUCCACGAUCCGGGAUCUUCCCAUCUCCUUCGAGAGGGCCAAAGGCUGCGAAGGUGCUCAGGCUGGACAGUGGCGACAUAUCUUCCAAGAGAAACCAGCAGCGACGAGGCUACAACUGCAGCACUUGACCACGUUGCGGGAGAUGCCAGGUCAGGAUGAAGGCAUCCGGAUUUCCGACAACCGGAGCGAUGCUUGUUGGGUCGAAAUGAUGGGCAAAAAGCGAUGGGAGAAUUGUAGGCCGCGCAAUCCAUUGGAAAGACAUCCUCAAGAAGGCGGUGAUCCAAAGAUGCAUCACAACUACUGGCUGAAGGUGAAGCCAGAGCCCGAUGAGGACGCGCGCAAAGUGCGCAAGACAAAGACACCACGACUCUCUGCUGAGGAAAAGGCUUGCAGAACGGUCGCCUGA